AUAUAAAUAUAUGUUUUGAAUCAACGUAUAUAAUUUAUUGAAAAAUUAAGAUAUUAUGUUAUCAGUUAUUUCAAUAAGAAACUGAUGUUUAUAAUUCCAAGAUUAUGCACUGGAGAAAUAUAUAGUUUGUUAUUUACAGAGAUUCAUAAGAACUCUUCUAGAAUAGAUAUAUUUCUAAUAUGAGACCUUGCUUUUAUAGUUGAUAAUGAACUAGUUGAUACGUUAAGAUGUAAUUAUGUAUAAAAGGAAAUACUUCAUGAGUAGCUGAUAAUAAAUUAGUGCAAAAUGAUAACCUUAGCACAACGUCUCAAAAAACAACAAGUUGAAAGCACCAAAACUCAUAGCCGAAUUUCAGUGAGAGACAAACUAUUGGUCAAAGAAUCACAAGAAUUAGCUCAGUUACUUCCACCAAAUUGUUCGGUAGAAUAUGAAAACGAGAAUGAUUUGAGUGAAUUCACAUUAAUAUUAAAACCUACAGAGGGAUAUUGGGAGAAUGGAAUAUUUAGAUUCAAUAUAUACAUAACAGAGGAGUAUAAUAUGGUUCCCCCAAAAGUUAGAUGUUUAACGAAAUUAUGGCAUCCUAACAUAUCUGAAAAUGGUGAAAUUUGUUUAUCUCUUUUACGACAACACAGUGUGGAUGGACUUGGAUGGUCACCAACUAGAAGGUUGAAAGAUGUGGUUUGGGGUUUAUAUGCCUUAUUCACAGAUCUCCUCAAUUUCGAAGAUCCCCUUAAUAUUGAAGCCGCCGACAUGUAUAAACAUUCAAAAUUGGAUUUUCAAAGUAAAGUUGAACAAUAUGUGAAGUUGUAUGCCAAAAAUUAAUUAUAUUGAUUUUUACUCACUAAGUAAUACCUAUACAUAUUUGAUAUUUUCACUUAUAGAUGAAUUACAUUAUAUGAAGCUAUUUCCAAGUGAAUGUAUAAAACACUUAAUUAAAUAAGAAAGAUUUAGUCA